CGUGGUCCACACUCUUCCCCUGACCUUUCAAGCUACCAUGUUCAUUUACCAAGAACACCCACCAAAGUGAGACGUCAAACUGGUUACGAAGACCUAUCAUCGCCAUCUCCAAGAACACCUGGAUCUGUACUGAAUCACUGGAAAUUUAAUUGUAUGAUGAAUCAACGGAGUUUGAAGCCGCCAAAAUUGCCCGACAGUGACGAAGAAGGAGAAGAGGAGGUGGGAAAAGGAAAAGAAAAAGAUAAUGAGAGAUUAAAGGAAGACUUUGAUUUAGAAGAAAAAAAAUCCUGUUCUGUUUCAGAAGGUUUAGUAACACCGAAACGCAAGCAGAGAUCAAAAGGAUGGCAGAACUUUGAUCUUACAUCAUCACCAACCUUUAGAAACACCUUUUUCAGGGCUUCAGACUAUGAAAAUCUAAAUCGUAUGGGUCCUCAGGGCACUAAGCGUCGACGUACAAUUGAUCAGGAUGAUGAAAGUAGCCAAGUUCUUGGUCAUCAACAGGGCAGCGACGAAAUAGGCGAAGAAGCUGAAGUAUCUGUAGGGGAAGAAGUCGUUGAGAUUGAAGCUGUAGAGGAAGAGGCUGUAGAGGAAGAAGCUAUAGGAGAAGAAGUCGUAAAAGAAGAGGAGGAGGAGAAAAGGGAGACGGAUGAGUAUCGAAUUGAUCAGUAUCAAGGACCAAAUACAACUACAACAACCAACAACAAAUUACUAUCGUUGGAUUUGAAGCUAGUUGAUCGAUUUCUAUCGGCCUCGGUCCAUGAGCAGAACUUAACCCAGUCUCAAUUCCAUACUCCACCUCGAAAAAAUAUCUAUACAGAUCCUUCAACUAUCAAGCCUCCACGGCAUCCAAGCAUCGGCUCUGGAUUACCCAUGUACUGCCCAAAUGCUGUCUCCGAAAGUCCAUGCAAACGUCAACAGAAGAACGCGUUUCUUUUGGCUCAUCAUCCUUGA